GUCGCGCCUUGACGUCACCGGCGUCAGCCAUCACCUGCCGCGCGCAGGCGCAGAGCGGGCUCGGUGUUGCGAGGAGGCAGCGGCGGCGGCGGCGGUCAUGGCGCUGAACAGGAACCACUCGGAGGGCGGCGGCGUCAUCGUUAACAACAGCGAGAGCAUUCUGAUGACCUAUGAUCACAUAGAAAUUACCUUCAGUGACAUCGAACCUAUGCCAGAUGCCUUCAAGGGGACCAAGAAAGGGAGUGUUUUCUUGACUCCCUACCGAGUUAUCUUUGUAUCAAAGGGGAAGGAUGCUAUGCAGUCUUUCAUGAUGCCCUUUUAUUUGUUGAAAGAUUGUGAAAUUAAGCAGCCUGUCUUUGGAGCAAAUUAUAUCAAGGGUACAGUGAAAGCAGAGGCAGGAGGUGGCUGGGAAGGAUCUACCACAUUCAAAAUGACCUUUUCAGCUGGGGGUGCUAUCGAGUUUGGACAGCGUAUGCUGCAAGUGGCAUCUCAAGCCUCCAGAGGUGAAGUGCCCAAUGGAGCUUACGGCUAUUCCUACAUGCCGAAUGGAUCCUAUGCUUUUGCACCACCUGCAGCUAAUGGGGGCUACCCUUACCCCCCACCUCCUCCUGAGUUUUAUCCUGGUCCCCCUAUGAUGGAUAGAGACAUGGGUUACAUGCAGCUUCCGCCCCCGCCGUACCCAGGGCCCAUGGAGCCACCCGUUGUCAGUGGUCCAGACCUACCUUCCACUCCCGCAGCUGAAGCAAAGGCUGCCGAAGCUGCUGCCAGCGCUUACUACAGCCCAGUCAACCCACAUAACGUCUAUAUGCCCACAGACCAGCCACCCCCUCCUCCAUACUUCCCACCAGAGGACAAGAAAAACCAAUAAGAUAACACAGAACUUCUCCACAACUCAUUGCUUUCUUACUUCCCGUUUUGGCUGAAUCUUGGGGCAUGGUCCAUAGCACCGAGGAUUAGAGCCUUCCCUCAAGGCACAUAGCUUUCAUGGACUUCAGUGGUGGAUAUGUGCAGAGAAAGGGAAGAGAUUUAAACAGCCUGGGUUACCUCGUAGAGCCCUGAGGGUUUGCUAUCCUACUGCACUAUUCCUUUCUCUCUGUGCGUGGCAGCGCUAGAACUGGAGGUUCUCUUCGUCUGUGAUCGUUUCCCUUGCGUCCAUUUCUUUUGAUGAUACUUAAAUUAUACUUCUUUGCAGUAAGCAACUGCUCCAAAUUGACAGUUAACAGGCUCAUAACAUGGAAACAAGACUCUUAGUGGUCUUGAAUUUAUCUUAGUGUACAGCCAAGAGCAUCUCUGGACACAGGGAUGUCUUGGGUAUUCCUCUCAACCUAGAGUAUUGCACCCAACUUCUCCCUCUGCUACUGAGAAAGGGCUUCAAAGGAAACCUCUGGGAUCUCAAAGGAAAUUGAUACCUAUUAAUUUUUUUCCUCUCACUUCAGAAAAGUCAUUCCUGACAGUUGCAGGAAAUAAUCUGGUAGCCCUCCAAAUUUUCCUGCUGUGCGUUAUGAUGAUGCAGAAAAGCUUCCUUUUUUAAGAAAAUGUACUGCCCUUUGCAAGGCUGAUUAGUGACAUCUAACUAGUUAUAGAUCAUAUGGGAACACUUAACUUUCUGUUGCUUCUUUUUUUUCAGUUAGACACUUGGGUUCAAGAUCACUAAGUCCUGAACCUUCUCUUUAGAGCCAUUAAUGCACCUUUGAUUUUUUUUUUCUUUCUCUGCUGUAACAUAAGCUACACUUCUCGGCCAGUGAAGCAUCUUACUGCUGUGGUUUAACUGGUGAAUUAAUAGCUAGUGGGGGGGGGGGGGGGGAAUAGUUUCUCUACUUUUGCCCUGGAAGCACUUGACAGAACAUGCAAAACAAUGGAUUAAGCUAUUAGGUAUAAUUGAGCCGUUCAUUUGAGUGUUGUUUAAUACUGUUAGUGCUCUUGGAUCAGCUGUGAAUUUACUUCUCAGUAACUUGAAUGUGGGCUCCUUGGGCUGGGGGUUCAAGCAUUUUCCUUCCGUAGCCCUGGUUCAUUGAUCUCAUUAGCAAUGACUGUAGUAUUUGGAACCUCUGCAGGACUGAUCAGUAACCAGGUUGUGAAACUUGCAUUGUACAAAGCUUUGCACGCAAAUCAGAUUUCACUGACUUCUGACAGUGUCUAUGGGAGAUAAAAUCCUUCCCAGCAAAAACAAGAAAGAUCAUGUGCUAGGGAAGCUUGCUGAGACUUACUGCAUGCAGCCUGCUUGGAGAGAAAAAGGUUCACCUCUUGUUUUCUUUUCAUUUGAGUCUAGCUGAUUAAUCAAAUUGCUACUCUGUGCACUGAUUUUUCUAGAAUUGCUACUGCAGUGAUGUAAAGAAAUGGUUAUUUAAAAAGAGUAUUUAUUUUGAAACUGUUUGAUUAAUAUAUUAAUGUGAAAUGACUUCUGAAUGCAAUUUGUUUUGCCAGGACUGUGAAGUAAAGAGAAAUCAGUUCAAAACUUACAA